AUGAAUUCAUCAAAAGCUGAAGCUGAAAAUAUUGAACCAACAGCUGGUAAAGAAAUGCUCGAUAAAUAUUGGGCUGAAGUUAAACAUGAAAUAGAUGAUAUUAAUAUUGUUGAAUUUCGUACAACAGAUUUGCCUUUAGCACGUAUUAAAAAAAUUAUGAAAUUAGAUGAUGAUGUUAAAAUGAUUAGUGCUGAAGUGCCAAUACUUUUUGCUAAAGCAGCUGAAUUAUUUAUUCAAGAAUUAACGAUUCAUUCAUGGUUACAAACAGAAGAAAGUCGACGUCGUACAUUACAGAGAAAUGAUGUUGCUGCAGCUAUAUCAAAAAAUGAAUUAUUCGAUUUUCUUAUUGAUAUUGUUCCACGUGAAGAAGCAACAAAAACACAUAAGAAAAAAGAAAGUGUUAGUGAAGUGCAAUAUAUUGUUACAUUACCAACAUCAACUGGCAUGGGCAAUACUAUUCAAUUACCUAAUGGUCAAAUUAUUCAAUUACCUCAAAAUUUAUCAUCAAAUAUUGUAACAAUGGCAAGUCCACAAGGUACACAACAACAAUAUACAAUUGGACCUUAA